AUGGCAGCGAUAAUAGCUCCUACUGAUGAUAUGGAGAUGGAGAAAAUCGCUGAAGAUGAACUGUCUAAGCUGCAAAGACAGUUCAGGGUUAUGGAGAUAGACCGCGCCAACGUGCUGUCCAGCGUGCAGCCGACCCUCAGGAUGCAGAAGAACAUUAUCAACACGCUGAAUGGAGAACUUGAGAAGAUUAUGAUGGAAUUAAAGUUCACAAAAAGCACAUCAAACGUUCUAGAAGGUGCCAGAAGCCGAGAGAAGCUGAUCAGUCUUCUGAAAGAGCACGAGAAGUUCUCAGCAGAGGUGAAGGACCACAGAGAGACCAUCAGAGAGCUGGACUUCUUACUCAAACAAGUGCAGAAGGAGAUCAAAGCACUACGGUCGAAGGGUACUGGGUUCGAGAUUGCCUACGCCAACGCGUUAAACAGCCAAACGCUGAUCAGUCAAUUGGAGAACCGGCUGGACACAGCCAUGAAGAAGUUCAACACCGUCAACAGCGAGAACUACUCCAUGAGGCUUGAGAUAGACCGGCUACUGAGGGACCGCCAAUUCUUCAACACGCUAUGGAAGAACCAGCUGAAACGGCUGAUGGAUGGCAAAGCCAUGAUCAUUGAGUUGUUGGAGCAGGCCAUCUCCACGUACGACCAGCGCGAAGAGUGGUGCUCCAAGCUCGACGCGCUGAAGGAGAAGGCGGCUAUAGACUAUAGGAAGCAUUGCCUGGAAGUACGUGAGCUUCAGCGCCAGUUGGACCACAGCCUGAAGCUGGAAGAGUUCCUACGCACGAAGGGCACGGUGCGGCUGACGGCGGCGGACGCCAAAGCCGAGGCCAAGAAACUGGAGCAGCAGGAAGAGGAGAUGAGGAUCUACAAUAAUUACGUGAACAUCCUUGAUGCUAUACGGGAGUUUGCAGGCGAAGAAGACGUAGACAAGCUGAUACAGGAAUUCACCCGGCGAGAGGAAGAGAACUACGCCCUCUUCAACUAUAUCAACGAAGUGUGUACGGAACUCAAGAACUUGAGCGAUAACGUCAAGAUGCUCAAAGUUAAUAUUGAGGAAGAAAACGCCAAACACCAAGCGAAGCUGUACAAGCAGCAGGACAGCAUCGAGUCGCUCCGCAGCGCCCUGGAGGAGAAGCGACUUGCCACGGCCAGCGCGCGGGAGACUUGCGAGAAAUCCUCGCAAGUGCUGGCCAUGCUGCUGCAGCAGAUACACGCGCUGGCCGUAUCGUCGGAUUGCGACUCGCUGCCUCUGCUGAAGCUGUUAGGCAAACCGUUCGAUAUAAACGUUACGAACGCGCGCCUUUACAUCAAAAGUGUGGAGAAGAAGAUCCUCGAAAUUGUCGACGUCAUCAAACUUGAUGAGGCCAUCCAGCGUCAGUUGGAGUCCAAGGAGCGCACCCCGCCGUCAUCACGCCGACGACGCGCUCGAGCGAGAGAAGCUGCACCUUCACACGCCUAAGGAACUUACUAUAUUCGUUGUUAUCAUUUUUAAAACCUUAUCUUAUAUUCAUCAACAUCCUAGCCUCUUCCCAACUCUGUCGGAGUCGGCUUCCAGUCUAACCAAAGUCAGCUAAGUAAAAGUGUUUUACAAGGAGCGACUGCCUAUCUGACUUCCUCAACCCAGUUAACUGGCAACACGAUACCCCUCGGUCGGAAUACCAUAAUUAUUGUCAGUUUCCACGACACUACAAGCUGUCGUCAUAUAGUUGGGUGUUUUCAAUUUGGAUGUUACCAGUUAACACGUUAAUUGCAAGCUUUUGUUAAUGUUAGACGGUAUUAACUUUGGUCAUACCAGAA